GAUCUACCGGCUCCCUAUUACCCACAACCAGGUGCUACAGUUAUCCAAAUUUACGACCAGUCAACUGACUUGAGUCAGAACAGCCAAACCCUGAGUGCCAGUAGUGAUAGCAUCUCGAAAAGUGUGUCGAAAUCUAAUGCAGAGCUUAUAGAGAAGUGGCAGAACAUAAUUGGUCCCAAUUUUGAGAUUGUGAUUGCAAAUAUUGUAAGAGAGGGUCCGGGACUCGGGAUCUCAUUGGAAGGAACGGUAGAUGUAGAGAACGGCAAUGAAGUUCGACCCCAUCAUUACAUCCGAUCCAUUUUGCCCGACGGACCCGUCGGUAUCAAUGGAAUCCUCAGGAGUGGAGACGAACUAUUGGAGGUCAACGGAACACAACUUCACGGAAUGAGUCAUUCAGAUGUCGUGCCAUUACUUAAAGACUUGUCAACUGAAGUGCAAAUGGUUUGCGCCCGA